AUGGCCCCCCCCACCCCCCCAGCCCUUCCCGUAUGGGGAAUCGCCUCCUACCCCAGACGCCCACAAAACCUACGAACCUCCACAUUCAGACUUCCAACCACAACCCUCCACCCACAGUCAUCCACCCAGUCUCUACUCACACCCCUCCACCCACAGUCAUCCACCCUUCUCUCUACCCACAACCCUACACUCAACAGCCCUCAACCCACAGUCAUACCACUCAGUCUCUACCUACACCCCUCCACCCAAAGUCAUCAUACUUGCUCUCUACACUCACCCACCCACACCCAGAGUCAUCAACCGGUCUCUACCCACACCUCUCUAACCACAGUCAUCCACUCAGUCUCUAACGACACCCCUCCACCCACAGUCAUCCAUCCAGUCUCUACCCACAACCCUGCACUCACACCCCUCCACCCAAAGUCAUCCACUUGGUCUCUACUCACACCCCUCCACCCACAGUCAUCUACCCAGUCUCUACCGACAACCCUACACUCACGCCCCUCCACCUACAGCCAUCCACCCGCUCUCUACACUCACACCCCUCCACUCACAGUCAUUCACCAAGUCUCUACCCACAGCCCUCCACCCACAGUCAUCCACAUGGUCUCUGCCCACAACCCUACACUCACAACCCUACACUUACAACCAUGUACUAACAGUCAUCCACCUGGUCUCCAACCACAGUCCUCCACCAGCAGUUAUACUCAUAACUCUCCACCCUUAGUCGUCCACCUGGCCUCUACCUACGACCUUACACUUACAGGCUUCUAUCCUCAAAACUAA